AUGGCUACAGCAGGCACCUCAGGGCAGAGCACCUUCGGGCUCGGGAGGAAAAAGAAGGCACCUGGUCUCAUGGAUCAGAUUAGCAAGUUCUUCGGAGGAGACAAAAAGAAAAGGAGCAAGGUGAGCGAAAAACCUUCAGAUUAGAUUAGAGAUUAAGUGAUGUAACUUUGAGCUUCUUUUGGUGGUUUUCUUGGAGUGAAAGGGCAGAAAAACACAACUUCUAAAUUUAAGAUCUUCUAUCGUUUCAUUUACACACGAGCAGGAUUGUUUCCAAAUAACUGGAAGCCGUUUUGCAGCUUUGGUUGAGCAUAUUUUAGGAUCUUGCAUGCAUUUUAUUCUUACAGUUUACACAAAAAUGUGAAUUGAGGAAAACAGUGCAUCUUCAAACUCGUCUCCAUAACUUUUGAAAAACUUUCGUUGCCCUCUAAUGCCUGAAACCACGAAUUAUGGCCAGAAAAUUCUAAUUCUUUUGGAGCUGAAAUGUUUAUUUUACUUACUACUGAAAACCAAAAAAAUCAAAAUGUCUUUAAGAUUUAAUAAAUAUAUUUAUUUAUCUCGUUUGAUACAUGAGAUAUUUUGGAAACUGAUAAACUACAAGAGGAUAUUUUCAUCAUUUAUCGGACUGUAUUCAGGUGUUUUUUUAGUAAUUUGUUGAUCGUACAGAUUUGAUAGAAGUAUAUAAAAGUAUAUAUCAAAUGUGAUACAAAAGACAUUAAAGGGUUAAACAAAAUCAAGUAUCUAUAUUGUUUAAGAAUUCAUUAAAAAGUUUUAAAAACACACUUAUUCAUACAAAAAAAAAUUUUUGUUUCAUCAAAUUUACUCUGAAUUAAGAUGUGACUGAUGAGCCGUUUCUGCUGAAAUACUGAUUUGUUUAUGUUGUCAUUUAGUGAUAUGAGUUUUUGCUGUAACAUCUCAGCUUAAUAUGAUUUACUGAUAUUGUAAAAUCCAUGUAAAAUGGUAAAAUGAUUAUUUUAGUAUUUACUGGGAUAUUUUUCUCAAAGCCUAAAUCUAACUCUUUGACGUUUGCGAGCAACAACCGAGAAAGGACGAACCCAGAUUUACGUUUUCUGUUCGACCUCUUCGGUUUGUGAGAGCGGUCUGACUCAGAGCUGCAGAGAGAAAAACCUCAAACAAAAACUCUCUCUGUGUGUGAGGGGAGGGGCCCUCAGGAGUCCGAGCCGCUUUCGUACAAACAGACCUCCUCCUUUCAUCUGACCACGUCUGAUCUCCGUCAGUUUUUGUGUUCUUGCUCUGAGUUUGAAGAAAAGUUUACUCUGAAUCAGACUGAGCAGACAGACAGACAGCAGACUGUGUCCAUGUCUCCAUUUCUGCAGGAUGAAUCAUCAUCACAAUGUGCCGGCCUGAUGUUACACCUGAUGAUGACACUAAAAUGAUGUUUCCUCAUGUCUCUUUUUCUCAUAUAUAUAUUCGACACAUUUGCAGAUUCUUGUGAUGAGACCUGGUUCUUCUGGACCUUUCUCAUUAUGAUUCAUAUUAGAGGGACUAUUUUAAGAGCUGCUAUGGUGUAAGGAUACUGUUUUAUGACGUUAAUGAAACACUUAGAGUCAUUUGUUUAUCUCCAUCCUCGCAGGGGUCUUUCCGGGGUCACCUUGCCGCCUCACCUCAGCAAUCCUCCUCUCGCCGCCGGACCAAUGAAAACGCAGUGGUGCAUUUCUUCAGGAGCAUUGUAAGCUGGAUUAAACCGUCUUAUUGUUUACACACAUCAUAUCAUAAAUCAUACACAUCUCAUACUAACAUCUUCAGUUUCAUUCAGAUUUAUUCAGACUCCACAGAUGUAAUUUUCCUCCAAUUUGCACUGAUCUAACUUUUGGCGUCAGCGGUGCGGCGGCUCUCAAACGCAGCACGCUCAGCCUCCGCUCUGAUUACAGAUCUGUGUGACUCUCUCGUUUUCACGCCAAUAAAAAAACAAAACUACAGGAAGUUUCAAUCAGCUGCUCACAGAGUUUGUUCUUCUGCUUUUCUGCCUCACACAAUCAAAUGUUUUCAUCCUUGUUUGUCACUUGGUGUCCCUCAGGUUUCCUCUCCUCGUCCUAAAUCCAGGGUGAGUGUCUUUUUUUCGUCAUACCUGUUUUGCUGACUGUUGCAGGACUACACACACACACACACACACACACACACACACACACACGACAUGAUUUCCUGAUUUAUACGGAUGUUUUCAAUCAUAUAUCACAGAGACAGAGUUUUUCUGACACAGCAACAGCAACUGAGACGUGGAGUUGAAGAAAACCGCUUUAUCGUCCAUAACUCAUCUCCUUUAAAUGGAUUCAUAUUGUUUAAAAUACAGAAAGUAACUUUAAGAAGUGUAAAACGUGUUUAUUUCUGCUGAAAUUAUAACAUGGGUGUCAAUGGAGUCUCCUUGACUUUCAGACAGAGCCCCAAGUGGUCGCUUUAGGAACUGCAGUUUUUUUGUACUUGUAUAUUUGCUGCCCGGUAACCUAAUCAAACACUUUUAAAGUAAACAGUCAAGACUUCACUCAUUAUUAUUUACUAGUUCUCUGUUCUGUGACCAUAGACUGUAUAUACUACUGCUGUGUUCGAGUUAUCUCAGAAGUCAGAUGUUGGAGAUGAUGUCACAUCUGAGUUUCAAGCGUUUCGGUUACCAAGUCGGAAAAAAGCAAAAUCGGAGGCGCAAACAAGAUGGCUACAUCUACAAGUUAUUUUAGCACUUGCCUUGUCCGACUAAAAUCACUUUUUUAGAUGUAGCCGUCUUGUUUCUGGCCUCUGAUUUUACUUCUUUUACGACUUGGUAACUGAAAUGCUGGUAACUCGGAUGUGACGUCAUUUUCAGCUCCGACUUCUGACUUCCGAGGUAACUCGAACACAGCGUAAAGACAACUUGGCUCUUCCUCCCGUCAUUGUACGAAUUUGAAGCCGAAUUGCUCUCGGUAUUCCCGGGAUUUCCUCCUCUUCCUGGAACCACCACUUGUGCAGGAGAGUCGCUGUGAUGACAAUCGGCUCAAACAGCGACUCGACCCAAUCUUCGUACGCCCACAGUCUGUAUCAAGUGUCAAUCAUGGAAAACAUGAACCCUUUAAUAACUUUUAAAAAUGGAGCUGUACAGAAAAAAAAGGACUUGAGCACAAACCAGUCUGACAGUAACUACAUGUCAAGUUUGUCCACAGCUCCAUAGGGAUUGCUGGAGGAGGCGGGAUUUAUGACCUAUACUGCAGCCCGUCACCAGAGGGUGCUGUUCUCCCAGCGAGGAGGCCGAUGGCGUCCGUUCUAUAUACAGUCUAUGGUCGUGACCCUGAGAUUAAAAGUCGCCCAGUAAUCCAGUUGUUCGGAUGCUAAAUUUCAAAUGAAAGGAAAAACUUGAUUUGCAGUAUUUCACCGUUUUUCUGUAUUUGAGGAGAGAAGCAGAAAGAUUCACCACCUUUACUCGAGUGUCCUUCAUCGUGUCUGUCGUCGAUGAGGUAUUUCUGAUGCCUCUCUCUCUCUCAUCUCACCACUCUCUGUUUCUUUUCCAUGUCCAGUGGAGAGACGUCUUGGGUUUGGUACGUCACACUCCCUCACCUCCUCCUAUCAAACAAAAGCUCUUCUGCUGAUUGCACGGCCUCCCUCUGUGUGUGUUUGUGAUCCCGUUUCUGCCUGCAGCAGCAGCAGCAGCGUCUUUUUAUCUGCAGCCGCACACCUGUUCCCUAACCUUCACGCCGGCUCUCUCCUUUCUCGCUGCGUGUUUCGCUGCUUUUCUACUUGGAGAGGAACAUCUUUUAUGUGAUGUGGAGAUCUAUUCAUAGGAGAGCAGAUUCACCUGCUUGAAUAGGAGGCUUAGAAAGGGACCCUCCUUUUAUUCAAAUACAUAUUCAUCAUCGUGGUCAUCAUCGGUUUCAUUCACACCCUUCUUUGCUUCAAUCCAGAGCGACUCGCUGCUUCUGGAUGACUUUGAAACAGCUCGACUGUUUAUGAGCCACAACCGGUAAAGAUUUUCUCUUAGGACCUCCUGGCCUACACCUCUUCCACCACCUCCUCCUCCUCCUCCUCCUCUUUCACAUCUCUGUUUCUUUAUAACACCUCCACCCCCCUUUGUGCCAGAGAUGACUCAUCAAUCCAUCUGUUUUUGGCUUUCCACCUCCUUUGUGUCCUCUUGUCUCUUUCUGGUGAUUGCAGACGGCGCUCUGUGUCUCAUUCGGUGGUGAAAAUAUCCACUUGUGUCCGCUGUCUUUGUCCUCGUCGUCUCACUCUGCUUCAUGUCUCAGCCUCUCUUACAAUAAGACAAACACGGGAAACAUAGAUCUGCAGGUUUCAGGAUUUCUCCUCAGCUCUCUUGCAAGUCUGAGCACAGGUAGACUUUUCUAAUGAAACGCAUUAAUCACCGUGUUUCCUCCUAAACUUGUUUUUAACACAUAAAGGUUAUCGCAUUACAAAAAACCUGACAUCAGACCACUUUUUAUCGAUCCCACGAGAAAUUCAGUGUUUUAAAACUUAAUGAGGACAUAGAUCUGAGCUCCUAGAAGGUCGAUCCUAAUGCAAUUAAACCAGGAUGGAUUACAAACAAAGAGGUUCGGUUUGCAGUGAAAAGGUUUGGGUAGUUUUUUUAAUUUGGAGGAUUUGUUUUGUGUAGAAAUGUGAUUUUUGUCCAACAUUAGUGAUCAGGCACGUCUAUUUAAAGGUUAUUCAGUGACUAAACACCAGCCGACCCUCAGGCCUUGUUUCCAGGUUUCCAUGUGAGCUCUAAAACAUCUUUUUCUAGGCCUCAUCACCACGGGCCGAAAGCGCAAAGUCGCCGGUCAGACGACGCAGAGACCAAAGCACACUGUCCAGACUCUUCAACCUGGUGAGCUUCACACGUGUUCGUGUUUCUGUCUUUAACUCCAUGUUUCUCUACUUGUUCAACUGUAGGCCUCAUAAACACUGUUUCCUGUCUGUUUGCCCAAAUACAACAGUGAUGCUCUCCUCAGAGACCAGUGAGUAGAAACAUAUACCAAGUAUAACAAUCCAUCAAAUGAACUGGAGUAUCUUCAUCUUUAUUUUCUUCAUCUACAUCCUGAUUACAACAACAGUCAUGGUCACCGUUAACUAACCAGCGGGAAGUUCCCAUGAAACAGUAAAUUCUGCACAUUUACAUGUCGACGAACUUUCGGAAAAUAACGAACUUUUAUUCAGGCUUUUUACACAGCAGCCAGCUGUUUUAAAAUAUGAUUUAAAAAAAAACGUAAAAACCAGUCAGCAGAGGGAGCUCCAACUGUCUCCACACACUAAGUGCAAGUAAAGUCAUUACAUGUUUAGUCAAUAGACGCCCGUACUACUCUGGUGGCGCAAAUGGGCAAAUUGGGCAGAAGCUGAAAAAUGACGAACUUUUAUUGAGGCUUUUUACAGCCAGUUGUUUAAAAAUAUGAUAAAAAUGCAAAAAACGUGUCGGCAGGGGGAGCUCUAACCGUCUCCACACACUAAGCGCGAGUAAAAUCAUUCGCGCGAAUGAAUUACAUGUUAAGUCAAUGCAAAGACGUAAUUAGAUGCUCAAACUACUCUGGCGUUGAGAAUGACGCAAAUUGGGCAGGAUUUGAAAAUCGCUGCGUUUACAUGGGCACAAAUAAUCGGAAUAAAUGCCAAAUCGGAAUAAAGAUAUGUAAACAUAUCGAUUGUAAGAUUCUGAUCCAAUUCAGCUCGGAGAAAGAAAUUGUAUUCCGAUUGAGAGGGGUGGUUUAUGCCGAUCAUGAUUCCGAAACACGUCCAUGUAAACAUUAAUUCCGAUCUUGACUCUCUAACCUGACUUGAUCUUCACUCUUUAGCCUUUAGCGUAUUUAUUGAGGUUUCAUUAGUAACACAACCGCAGGUGUCGUGUCUGCUCCUCCGAUAACGUAACAAGGCGUACAUACAGUGUAAUGAUUUCACAUCUGCAUGCACAUGUAACCUUUGACAGAACAGUAAAAUAAGUACGCAAGGGCGCCAUCUAGUGACAACAUUUAACAGGGGGAAAAUCCCAAAUCAGAUGGAAUGAGCCACUACCGCGUUUGUUGGUUUGUUGACAGUGCAGGCGUCAAUACAACUCUUCUUCUUCUACUGUUGAUUUAGCGAAAUCAGACAGCUCUGCGCAUGUCCAAAUGCUUCCAAUCUUAAUAAAACUCAGUGCAUGUUUACGUAUUAUACGGAUUAUUUGAUUUUGCACCCAUAUAAACAGUGGAUUCAGAUUAUCGGAUCCCUCAAAUUUUUAAUCGGAUCAUGAAAUUUUGCACAUGUAAACAUGGCCAGUGUCUCAACUUGAGCAGAUAUUCGCGUCAUGAUAACCAAUAGGCACAAAAGUUGUUGGGUGACGUAUGAAAAAGGACGGUUGUUCACUGGUAGCUAAAAUGAAGGACAAACUGAUUGUGUCGGUGUGUGGGCGCCCCGAAUUAUAUGAUACCUUUUCUUUCAAUUAUUAAAACCGGAAUAAAAAGGAGCUCGCCCAGAAGAAAGAGAGAGAGGAGGUCGGAUUACCUGGUAAGUUGUAAAAAACUUUGUCUAUCACUUGAUCCCACCGGUUGAAUUAGCAAAGAUUACAGUAGAAAUUAGCAUAAACGGCUAUCCACAUAUUUUAUUUAGAUUUGACACACAAAUGAAUCAAGUAAAUACUUUUGAUUCACGCGUCUAGAUUCACGCGAAUUAAGCGAGUAAAUGAUUUUACUAGCACUUGGUGUGAGUGCCCCAUAACAGUUUUGGCUUCACUUUAGAGUAGGGGGAGCUGUUGAACCGUCCAUCUUUUAUAUGAUUAGUGACAAAAGUUGAAAAGAAAACACUUCAGCUGUGUUUUAAGUUCAUGGGAGCUUCAAAAGAGUCAUUUUCAUCAUCACAGUAACUGAACAUGUUCAUUCAAACUCACUGACUGAUCUUUAUUUCACUCUCCUGAGGUUUUCUUCCCGGUGGGGCCGAUCUCGUUAAAAUCCCAGUAAAUGUGAAGUAGCAGACAAUCACCCCUGAAAAAAACCACACCACUCCAGACCGGCUGUUUGACCCCCAUCUCUGGAUCUGAACAUUUUUUUUAACCAAUCAUCCUCUUUUUUUCCCCUUCAGGGAGACCCUAAGUCCCGCCCACCCACUAAACGCUGGAGCACCAUCUUCUGAGCUCUCCGCCGAGGACCAAACCACAGAUUCAACAACGCCAAUGGAACGAGACCAAGAAGGAGGAGGAGUAGGAGGAGGAGCAGAUCUGCAACCGGCGGACUCACAACCUCAAGAAACAUUAACAAACUAA